AUGAGUGAUGAGCUAAUGGCAGCUGUAGUACCAGAUAUUUCAAAUAAACAUAAAAAUGAAAUAACGAAUGAAACUGGUGAUUCAUCAGAAUCAAUUGAUCAACCUCCAUUAAAAAAAAGUACAUCGAAUGUACCAAUAACACUUAAUAUUCGUUAUAAAACACAAACAUUUUCUGUUCAAUGUGAUUUAUAUGAUACAUUAAAAGAUCUUAAAGAUAAACUUGAUAAAUUAACAAAUGUUGAUCCUGAAGUACAAAAAUUAGUUAAUAAAUCCAUAACAAGUGUUAAACGAGAUGAUGUAACAACAACAUUAAAAGAUUUAAAUUUAACUGAUGGUCAAACAUUAUUAUUAAUUGGUGCAACACGGUCAGAAAUAUUCUCAGCUUCGGAAUUAAAAAACAGUGCAGCAGGAAAUAAAAGUUCUGUGGAAGAUAAUGCAUCGGCAACAAAUAAAAAAGAACCUUUAUGUAAACCAGAGAAUGCACAAAUUGGUAUUAAAAAUAAAAACGAUCCAUUACCACCAUCGAUUGAUGGUUUAUACAUGUCAAUGUUAAAUCAAACAGCUAAAAAAGCACGAUUAACAUUUAAACUUGAAGCGGAUGAAUUAUGGAUUAAUACAGCGGAAACAACAAAAAAAAUACCCAUGACACAUAUUCGUAAUAUUGUUGAUGAGACAAUCGAAGGCAAUGAAGGUUAUUCAAUAGUUGGUUUUCAAACGGGUACAACAGAAAAUUCCAUCAUAUGGAUUUAUUGGUGUCCAUCGCAAUAUGUUAAAUCCAUUCGUCGAGAAAUUCUUUCGGACAAUUAA